AGGAAGCGGCCGCAGCUAAAAAGCGACGUUAGCGCCUCCGUUCUUUCCGGGGACCAGGCCAGCGCUCCAGAGGCGGCCACUGGACAGCGGUUCACCCGAGGCCGAGCUCCGCGACUUCGGCGGAGCACAAAGCCGAACGGGCGGUCGCGGACGGGAUUGCGCGCGGAGACAGUUCGUCCCCUCGGCGUAGCCGUAGACGUCAGGGGACCCGUCCCGGCCGAAUCCACGUGACUCUAGGGGCGCCUAGCUGGAGCCAUGGCGGUUUCCAGGCCGCUGUCCCGCUUCUGGGAGUGGGGUAAGAAUAUCGUGUGCGUGGGCCGGAACUACGCGGACCACGCCAAGGAGAUGGGGAGCGCGGUGCUUAGCGAGCCCGUGCUCUUCCUGAAGCCGUCCACCGCCUAUGCCCCCGAGGGCUCGCCCAUCCUCAUGCCCGCCUACAGCCGCAACCUGCACCACGAGCUCGAGCUGGGCGUGGUGAUGGGCAAGCGAGGCCGCGCCGUCCCGGAGGCCGACGCCAUGGACUACGUGGCCGGCUAUGCCCUGUGCCUGGACAUGACCGCCAGGGACGUGCAGGAUGAAUGCAAGAAGAAGGGGCUACCCUGGACCCUGGCCAAGAGCUUCACCACCUCCUGCCCCGUCAGCGCGUUCGUGCCCAAAGAGAAGGUCCCUGACCCUCACAACCUGAAGCUCUGGCUCAAGGUCAAUGGAGAACUACGGCAGGAGGGUGAGACGUCUUCCAUGAUCUUUACCAUCCCCUACAUCAUCAGCUACGUUUCUAAGAUAAUGGCCUUGGAAGAAGGAGAUAUUAUCUUGACCGGGACGCCGAAGGGAGUUGGCCCUGUUAAAGUAAACGAUGAGAUCCAAGCGGGCAUACACGGGGUCGUCAGUAUGAGAUUUAAGGUGGAAAAGCCAGACUAUUGAGUCUAUACAAAGCACCCUAAUUUCUUAAGUUUCAGAAGAGAAGGGAGUUGGACUGAAGCAAGCAAAGGUUAUUAAAAGUGACUCCUUUAAAAAUAAAUCAAAUUUUAAAGAUGAUUUGAUUGGGUUGCUGUGUCUCAACUCAGGGAAGAUAAGAACUCCGAGAAAAACAUGCUCUAGAACAGCCGAUCAGAAAUGGAAAGGAGAAAGGAAUGCCUGUCUGUCUUCUAGGAAACAAACAGAAGAAAGUAUUUGUGAUGUCUCCAUGAGGCAUGAAAUGUUCAGAAGACUUUCCUAAAACUGGACUGGAAAAGACUUUUCAGUGAGUCAUUCUGGGAUCAGUAGUUCAAUAAUUAAAAUAUGCAAAGGGA